UGUACACUUUCCAUCCACUUUAUUUUUCUUUAAACUGCUCUUGCCUUGGCAAAUGACAUCACCCAUGGUUUUGUUUCUUUUCAGGAACCAACAUCGUCGUUAUCCUGUUCCAAUGGAAGUUUAGCAAAAAUGUGCCUUCAGAAUGUGAAAUGAUGAACUGUUAUAACCACAAGCAAGCAUUUAUUUAAAAAUCGUUCUAUAUUUCUCCUAGUAUGAUAUUCUAGCUAGGUCUGUAUGUCUUCUCAGAGAGAAAUGAGUCAUAAUGUGAGAUUUUGUUCAUCUUCAACCCUUAUUCUUCUCUUCGUACUCGUGAUUAUUCCAAACUUUUCUUACACAGAGGGAUCUAAAAGGGUUCUUUCUGUUGUUGAUUAUGGUGCAAAAGGAGAUGGUCAACAUGAUGAUACCAAGGCAUUUCAAGAAGCUUGGAAAAUAGCUUGUUCGCUGAAUGGAGGAGCAGUGAUUUUCUUUCCUUAUGGAAAAACAUUUUUGGUGUAUCCACUCGACAUUGUGGGACCAUGUCGAUCCAAGGUCACUUUGUUGAUCUUAGGAGAAAUAGUGGCACCAGAAGAUCCAGAGGCGUGGAAUGGUUUCGAUCGGCAAAAAUGGCUUUCGAUCCGGUGGGUGAGUCAUCUUACUGUAGAAGGUGGUGGCAGUGGGACCAUCAAUGGAAUGGGCCACAAAUGGUGGUCCAGAUCCUGCAAGACGACCCAAAAUCAUGCCUGUGGAGUGGCUCCAACGAGCCACAAUUCCACUGUGCAGGCCAUCAAUUUCCAUAGAUGCUACCAUCUCAAAGUGAAGAACCUCAAGUUGCUCAAUAGCCAACAAAUACACGUCGCCAUCACUAAUUCCAGGAACGUCGUCACGUCCAAUCUCCGAGUGCUAGCCCCUGCCUUCAGCCCCAACACUGAUGGGAUCCAUAUCGGUGCAUCGAAGGGUGUUGAGGUCAAUGAUUGCAUAAUCCAAACAGGGGAUGAUUGUAUUUCUAUAGUCAGCAAUUCCUCAAAAAUCAGGAUUAGAAACUUAUCUUGUGGCCCAGGGCAUGGCAUCAGUAUCGGUAGCUUGGGAAAAUUCAACUCAUGGGAGAAGGUGCAUGAUGUAACAGUUGAUGGAGCUUUUCUUUCAAGAACUGGCAAUGGGGUGAGAAUCAAAACAUGGCAGGGUGGUGGUGGUUUUGCCUCUGACAUCACAUUCAGAAAUAUAUUGAUGGAUCAAGUAUCUAAUCCAAUAACAGUAGAUCAAUAUUACUGCGAUUCCUCCAUGGCAUGUCAGAAUCAGAGAAAAAUGCAGAGUUCUGCUGUGAAAGUGAGGCAUAUAUCCUUCAUCAAUAUCAGAGGAACAUCUGCCUCAGAGAAUGCUAUAAAAUUUGCAUGCAGCGAUGCCUCUCCUUGCGAAGAUUUACUCCUUGAAAACAUUUUUCUCGCUCCUCGCCGUGGAGGAUUGGUGAGAUCUUAUUGUUGGGAAGCUCAUGGCUUCAUUAGGGGUCCAGUGCAGCCUUCUGCUUGCCCCCCAGUUUGCCAGAAUUUCAUUGGACCGGAAGAAUGCCAACUUGCUAAUCCUCAAAUGGGAACAAAUGACCUGGUGGAAGCCUCCACAGGGCAACCUGCAUUGAAGAAAAUCACCAGAGCCGGACUCAACCAGACUGUGGAAGCAAAUUCACCAUAGGAGAAGCAUAUCACUAUGUAUGAUAUCCUCUAGAAACGAUACUUAUAUAUAUAUAUAUAUAUAUAUGCAUAGUUAUUUCGCUUUGGUGCUUUGAUUGUACCCUUACAAUCUCAGGCAAGUAAAAAGGUUGAUGAAAAUACCAUUGAGGGCCCAAAAGAGGGGGAAAAAGGAAUAUGUGUAGCGUGUAGGUUUUGAUUUACAACAAUAAUUUUUAGUUACUGCGCUUACAGGCCCCACGUGUAUGAAGCAAACCAGAGCCACUUUCCUACGUUUUUCUUUCACAGAAAUUCAUUUGAGGGGUAGCAGCCAUUGGGGAUAUGCGUCUAUAAGAGCUUUCAUAAUCACAAGAAUCCGCUCACAGAGAUUUCUGGGGCUUAGAGAAUGGCUGGCACUAUAUACCUAAUAUCCUUAUAUGCUCACACAGAUAUAGAUUUGAGUAAAGUUAUCAUAUAAAACCACCUGGAAUUGGCAGCAUUUUAAUGAGCUUUAAAUUAUGAUUCUAGCAUGGAACGGAUGCAUUGCUUGUUAAAUGGUACUGAAUUUCACAAUUUUGAGAAUACUAAUACACUGUAAAGUAUACAGUAUAUUAGUAUAAAUAGAUCUAGCAAUAUGCAUCACUGGCUGGUCGGCUUUACAUGAGGUUCCAUACACACACACGCACACAGAGGACAUCUUCUAGAAUGGUGUUAUAGUCCUUAACAUAUGAAGGCACAUGGAAAGUUAUUAAUUUUAUAUUUAAUGAGUUAACUGUCAUUUCUUAAUUUUAAUAAAGUAGUUGAAAGUAUCUUAUAAUAAAUACGAUGAGUAUUUAUAUAUAGCAUUAGUGAAUAGGGGAUAUGCCAUGAACCAGCUCUUUGAUGCUUAGGAUAGAAUCCAAUUCUCUUUGUAUAAGGAUUGUUUGUAUUUGUUAUUCCAGAUCAAUAUAGAGAUGCUUCUGUU